UGCUCUGCCUGCCAUUCGAGCGCAUCUGCUGAACGUCAUUUUUCAAAACUGCGACUUUAAGAACCAGAGGGCGGGGCCACUCACAUCCUGCCUGCUAAUUGGCUGCUUACGCCUUCAGUCAACUCCAUUCAUAAAUAAGUCAUGUCGAGGAGGAACCGAUGUAACAAGUACUGAUAGAUUUCGCUCGCGACGCGCCCGCAACAACAUUUUCGAGCGCACAGCGAGACGCGAGAGACUCCGGCGGAUGGUUUUUCUUCCCUUGACAGGCACCGACGGAGAUGGCUGUCGAUACGCGGACUGAACGAGAUUGACUUCCGACUGGUGACCCCUUUCUCAAACUGUAAUGACAUGAGCGCUCCAGCAGGAAGCUCAAAUCAUUUUGUGUUUGGAAACAUUGUAGCGCGUCCGCCGAGACUUCUGUCUGUCCGACUAGGGGAAUAAUGCGGAGCGUUCAUGAAGCAGCCUUCACGGUAGAUACUGUAGCGAUGUUUUAAAUGUGUGUCGUGUCCGUUCGUUAGGACGCAUCAGAAGUGAGCAAACCGCUGUUCUCGAGCCCAAUGGAAAGCUGAACCAUGGCAGCGAAAGAAGACCUCUAUGCCAAAGUCGCUCCACGGAUGCAGAGGCAGAACCGGCCAGCAACUGUCAAACAUGGAAACAGCCUGGAUGUUUUGCUGUCAAUGGGCUUCCCAAAAACCAGGGCGCUAAAAGCUCUGGUUUCGACUGGGGGCAGAAAUGUACAAGCAGCCUGUGACUGGUUGUUCUCCCAUGUGGAUGAUCCGUUUCUGGAUGAUCCUCUGCCCAGGGAGUAUGUGCUUUACCUGAAGCCCAGCGGUCCUCUCCUUAACCAGCUCUCCAACUUCUGGCAGCAGAGUCGCAUCACAUGCGGCAAGAACAAAGCCCACAACAUCUUCCCUCACAUUACCCUCUGCCAGUUCUUCAUGUGUGCAGAUGGUAAAGUGGAUGCUCUGGGUGAAGCUCUGCAGACUGUGGUGGGCAACUGGAAAGGCCGUUUCCCCUCCCCGCUCCCCCUGGAGUUCUACUCAUCCUCAAACUUCAUUGGCCUCUUUGUGGAAGAAAAGGUGGCUGAGGUGAUUAAGAGCUUCGCUGCAGACUUUGCUACUGAAGCAGCUUCCAAAGCAGAUGUUCACGUGGAGCCCCAUAAGAAGCAGCUCCAUGUAACCCUGGCCUACCACUUCCAAUCCAAUCAUCUUGCAUCUUUAGAAAAACUUGCCAAAGGUGUAGACAUAACUCUGGGCUGUGACUGGCAGACUGUGCUCCUCUCACGGGACAUCCGAUUCGCCAAUCAUGAGACCCUGCGGGUAAUGUACCCCUAUGUGCCUCAGAAUGAUGAUGAACUGGAGCUGGUGCCCGGUGACUUCAUCUUCAUGUCGUCUAUAGAGCAGACCACUGCCAGUGAGGGCUGGGUCUACGGGACCUCUAUGAGCACAGGGUUAUCUGGGCUACUGCCAGAGAACUACGUCAAUAGGGCAGAUGAGUGUGACACUUGGGUAUCUCAUGGGUCAUUCUCUUUCCUUAAUGGAACCCCCCCAACCAAUAUUAGGGGUGCAAUGGGUGGGCUUUUUCUUGACCAGCACUUGGACGGUCGUCUUUUUGAUGACCCUAUGCCGCUGGAUUCCCCCAAUCUUAGUGUGAUAUGUCAGCCUAUGCAGAUGCUGCGCCCCAAUCAGUCUCUGUUGCCUAAGAGGACUCUGUUUGUGUGUCGCCAUGGUGAAAGAAUGGAUGUAGUGUUUGGGAAACAUUGGAUCACUCAGUGCUUUGAUGCCAAAGGUCGAUAUGUGCGGUCAAACCUCAAUAUGCCUCUGAGUCUCCCAGCGAGGAGUGGUGGGUAUAGAGACUAUGAUAAAGACUGUCCUAUCACUGUGUUUGGAUCCACACAGGCUCGCCUAGUCGGGGAGGCUCUUUUUGAAAGUCACACAGUGGUGGACUUUGUAUACUGUUCUCCAUCUCUGCGCUGUGUGCAAACAGCACAUAAUAUCCUCAGAGGUCUUCAGAAGGAUGGCAAGACUAAGAUCAGAGUUGAGCCAGGUUUGUUUGAGUGGACUAAAUGGGUGUCGGGUACCUCAUUACCUGCCUGGAUUCCUCCUACAGAUCUGGCAGCUGCUAACCUUAGUGUGGAUACAACAUACAGACCUCAUAUACCCAUCAGUAAACUGACUGUGUCUGAAUCUUAUGAAACUUACAUCAGUCGCAGCUUCCAAGUGACUCGUGAAAUACUGUCGGAGUGCAAUAAUCUGGGAAAUACAGUGCUGAUUGUGGCCCAUGCUUCCUCUCUGGAGGCUUGUACAAGGCAGAUACAGGGACUGACCCCACAAAACUCUAAAGACUUUGUGCAAGUGGUCAGAAAGAUCCCUUAUUUAGGCUUUUGCGCUUGUGAGGAGAUGGGCGAGACGGGCGUUUGGCAGCUGGUGGAUCCGCCCAUCCUGCCGCUCACCCACGGACCCAACCACAGCUUUAACUGGAGAGAGACCCUGCUGCAGGACUAAGAGCCUCCGCAAAAUCACCUUCACCGCUCUUGCUCCGAAGGCAACAGAGACAUGCUUACAGUCUUGUCAUCACAGUCCUGCAUUACAGACCUAAACAGGCGCAAGCUUCCAUAGCCACGUUUUUUGCACAGCAACACUCGCCAUAGAUGUCCAUAAUGUGCUCAAACGCCAUUUGCCGGCCUGCAAAACAAGCUGCAGCAGAACUCCAACUCGCUUCCAACUGUAGCUAACUAAAAAUCGAAGAGCUUCAGAGAUGAACGUCGUUCGCAGGACGUAACACGCGCUGAUAAACUCAGGUUUCCUGCAUUAGCGAGGAGGAAAUAGUGUGCAAAAGUUAUCAAGUCAACAUCCAACACUUCCAAAAAUGGAUGUCGCUGGAUUUUGUAAACUCCAUUUAUAGGGGACUCUAUAGGGGACUACACUUUUUUUUUUUCUCUCUCUGUUACACUGUGAAUCAAGUAGACAUGCACAAGCCCUCGCGUCAAGAUUUACACCUGUUACACGCCCCACAAAGCAACCUCCUGAAAGCACAAGAAUCUAAAUCUGGAAAUCAGAUAGACUGAGACGAAGCAGCUUUAAAGUAGUUUAGAAAUGGAUUCGGUGGACAGCACAUUCGUCCCGUGCCUUGCUGUCAUGCUGCUACUGUUAAACACUUUGCAACUAUAGGACACUUUGGGAGGACUGUUAGUUAGGGCUUAAUCUGAGACAGUAUUUACAGAAACUUUUUUUUUUUGCAUGCGGGGUCAGUUUUGCCAAACGAAAAGCUGAUAAACCCAGCGCCAUCCGAGUUUUAAAAUGGCAAAUGAUUAAGACUUGUUAAGCAUCAGCAGCUUAAAGUAUGUGCGGCUGCUCCAGAGCGCAUUUGCCGAAAAGCUAAUGCAAGCUUUACUUUCUGAGCACUUGAAAAACCGAACCAAACAGGAAAGAAUGCUUCAACAAUGUAAAGAAUUGUACAUUACCGCAUAACGUGUCUGUAUAUACUAAGUAACUAUAGUAAAAUCCAUUUGGUGUGUUUCACCUAUAAAUGGAGGAAUAUAAUUGCAUUUAUUUAUGUAUCCAUAUGAUAGUUGUAAAGAGAAUAUGUUGGUGCUUCAGUUUUUUUUGCUGUUAUUUCCUGUUAUCGGAAUAGAGAACUCAAGCCAUAGCAAAUGCUGAUGAUGAUAAAUCACUAUAAUGCAGUGUUCCUCUCCACUCCAAGCAAUUGCAUAAGCAUAUCUGUUACACUUAUUGUAAUUUGCCAUCUGUGUUCCCUGGAUUUCUUUACACUUUUAGCCCAUGCUUUGAUAUUUUAGUGAUGGUAUGAAGGCGGCAUGCACCGUUUAAUAUGCAUAGUUGCAAAAAGCAAGAGUUUAAUGGGAUUUUUUUUUGCGAGGAUUUCUAGUGCAUUAACUUAAAGGUAAAUGUAGAUGUUGUGCUCGAUCAAAUGUGCCAAUGAUGUUCGAUCUUUUAUGAAUUGUUCAAUUUUAUUUAAUUUUUAUUUAUAUGUUUUCUUUUCAUUUUUAUUUUAGAAUCGAUUGUUGGAAUGUUGGACCUAUGAAAGAGAUAAUUCACCCAAAAUGUCUUUCUGCAGCCUGUAUUGCAUUUAUAACUUCUGUGGCAAACAAAAGGGAAUUUUUCAAUUAUAUUUCGAAAUUCUUUUAUUUUAAGACACACUGUAAAAAUAAAUCCAUUAUUUUGCUUUAAAAAAGUAAAAUAAUGGCCGUUAAAUUAAAGCCAUUUACUGUAAAAUAACAGCCGUAAAAUUACAGACAUUUACUGUGAAAUAACGGUUGUUAAAUUACUGUAAAAUAAAGGAUGUGAAAUUACAGCUAUUUAUUGUAAUAACGGCUGUCAAAUUAGAUAUUUACAUUAAAAUAACCGCAGUUAAAUUACAGACAUUUACUGUAACAUAAAAGGCCGUAAAAUUACUGACAUUGACUGUAAAUUAACGGUCAUUAAAUUAGACAUUUACAGUAAAAUAAUGGCCUUUAAAUCACAGAGACUUACCAAAUAUAAUGGCCAUUGAAUUACAGACAUUUACCAUAAAAUAACGGCUUUAAAUUACAAACAUUUACCAUAAAAUAACAGACGUUAAAUAACAGAUAUUUCCGGUAAAUUUCUGUAAUUUACCAUCUGUUAUUUUAUGGUAAAUGUCUGUAAUUCAACUGCUGAUAUUUUACAGUAAAUAUCUGUAAUUUAUCAGCCGUCAUUUUACUUUUGCUGUUGGAAAAAAACUAUAAAAUAAUGUUUUUUUUUUACCAUGCAUAUUUACUGCCCUUCAAGCAUAACUUAGCAAAUGUAUAGGAAACCUCCUGAUAAGAACAAAUGAAAGCAGCAAAAACACUAGAUCAAAAAGUGCCAUGGGUUUAUACAGUCCAGUAUAUUCAUAAUGAAUAUUAAUUUAUACUUGCUUUGAGGAGGCCAUGUAGCUUUUUUUUAACUGUACAUUUGUGUUUUAAACCAAUUUUGUAAAUAUUUAAGUUACGGUUGUUGUUUUAGGGUCCACAGGGUCUAAAGUCUUAAUGUCUUAAAUCUCAAAAGAAAAAUUUUAGGCCUUAAAUCUACUGAAAUAUGGUGCUGUAUGUCUUAAAUCUUUUGUUAACAGGUCUUAAUUUUCCUUUGUUCAUGUAUAGCUACACAAUCUAUUAACACCGAUACAAUCAUCAACAAUCCAUCUCAACAAUUUUUUUUCAUUUAAAAAUAUAGCAUUUAUAUACUUUCCUUACAGUAACAUUUGUUUAAAAAUUCUCUUUAUGUAAUGCUGAGGAUACUGACUUAGAUUUUUUUAUUAUUAAAUUAUUAUUAUUUUAUUAUUAAAUGUAUUAAAUUAUAAUACAUUUUUGAUAGGACAAGUGAAAUUCUUUUCCAACUGGCAUAUUCGAACAAAAUCCUUAGCAUUUAGCCCUGUAAAAGUUUAAAAUUGCACUCACAAUGGUCUUAAAAAUGCCUUAAAAGGUCUUAAAUUUAACUUUCUAAGACCUGCAGGAACACUGUGAUUAAAAUUGGGUGGGAAAAAAACUGAAGUUGGAUAUAAAUUACCAUGACAUUAUUCAUACAUUGCCAUGAAAACUAAAACAAAAUGUUCAGUAAUCUAGUUGUUCUUAGCAGUUGACAGCCCAUUCAAGAACUAGAAAUCGAUUAAUUAAAACUGAAAUUGUGGCUUUAUUUCUUAUAAUUACCCAUAAUAAACAUGAAAUAAAAUAAAAAGGCAAUUUGGUGAUAUUGUUUUGCCUUUGUAUCCAUUCAGCACGCACUAAUUUUGUACAAAAUUUCUGCUUUUGUGUUCCACAGAAGAAAGGAAGUCAUACAGCGUUUCGUUUUCUGGGUGAAGUGUUUCUUUCAAUUGUUUCAGAUUACAGGGAGCCUAAGACAAAUCUGUCUUCAUUAAUUUGACAUUUUCCAGCUCAACAGUAACACAACCUUCUAAAUGCUUCCUACUCAUGAAUUUAAAUGAACACAUUUAUCUCAGCACAGAUGACUUUAUGUGAACUUUUGGAGAUUUUUAAUUAUCCAAACCAGUGUAUGUGUAUGUAUGUGUGUGUCUGUGGGGGAUGUGUUUGAGUGUUUGUUAAUGUGCCGGAAGCUGAAAAUGGGCUUCUCCAACAAAAAUAAUGAUGCUAUUAAAUCUCCCUUGUCCGUCAUUACAACAUGUCUACCGUAUAUAGAUCCUCGUUCUUCCAAAAAAUAAAAAUAGUUAGACACAUUUGCCCUAUGAUGACACAACUUGACGCUGUGUGUUUUCAGGAUAUGUGCAACAGUGUCUGAAUAUCUGAAAUUGAAAAGGUGUAACAAGAGCCAAAGUUCUUUAAUGAUUUUUUUCUUAGCAUUUUAUGACUAUUAUCAAUUUGGCUGUGAGGCUUUGUCUUUAUCCUGAUGAAAAAUCAUGUUUUACCUUAACUAGGCUAAUAUACAUUCAAUGCCAUUAAAAAAUUAAGUAUGUAAUAAUAAAUUAUAAGAGUGAAAUCAGGGUAUCGCAGAUUGAUAUUUUAGCUUUGUUGUUUGCUCCUACCUGAAGUGAGUCAUGUUUGGUUUGUUUGAGUCAAGUCAUCUGGUUUAUUUUAAGUUACAAGUUCAAUUUUGGGGGCAUUUCAGCAGCUACAAAGGGUUUUUGCAUGCAAAAGAAGCAAGAUUUUGACCACUCCAUGGUGAAAAGUUGUACAUGAAGUGACAGCACAAAACAUACCCUAUAUAUAUUUCAGUGCUCAAAGAAUCUGGAUAGUAAUUCUCCAAAGCAUAUGUGACAUUCUGCCACGAAGCUACCCUUUUAAAUACAAUUGUUCACAUUUAUGUUUGAUUUAUUUUAAUGUGCAACGUUUGUAAAGCAUGUUUGCCAAUAAAUCUUCUGUCAUCCUGCAU